CAUGCACGCCAGCCUGCACAAACUUCGCUUUUGUUUGGUUGGCCUCAGUGUCAGUCAUUAAAAUAAUUUGUAUUUCUUGGCUCAUAUAUUUUCACUUUUUUUGUGAACGUGAAUUAUUUUAAUUACUCUCUCCGCUCUUGGCAUAUUCACCCACUGGUGUGGCUAUGCAAGAUAUGGUGAUCAUUCUGCGUUCAGAUUUUCCAUUAACUUCUCACCUGUCUACACUGGCCAAUAUUCACAAGAUUUACCACACCUUAAACAAACUGAACUUGACAGAAGACGUUGGCCAAGACGACCAGCAAUCAGGAAAUCGUCGGUCUUGCAGUUGCCCUUCCGACUGCUGUAACAAAGGAAUGCCACCCAGGAAAAAGAGGAGACCCACAGUAGCAGAUGAUCUAACAGCUAAAAAAAGCAGGCACGAUGGCACCAUGUACAGGAAACAAGACUCCACUAGGAUGAAGCCUGAAGAGGAAGGGUUCUCCAGCAAACGAUGCUUAGAGUGGUUCUAUGAGUAUGCAGGUAGUGAUGAUGUCAUAGGCCCUGAAGACAUGGAGAAAUUCUGUGAAGACAUUGGAGUGGAACCUGAAAAUGUGGUGAUGUUGGUGUUGGCUUGGAAAUUGGAUGCCCAGAGUAUGGGUUACUUCAGUCUACAAGAAUGGUUGAAAGGAAUGACCUUAUUACAAUGCGACACAACUGAAAAACUGAGAAACUCACUAGAUUAUUUGAGGUCAUUGUUGAAUGAACCCACAAAUUUUAAACUUGUAUACAGAUAUGCAUUUGAUUUUGCACGGGAAAAGGAUCAACGUAGUUUGGAAAUUAGCACUGCUAAAUGCAUGUUGGGACUACUCUUAGGAAAAACAUGGCCGCUCUUCCCAGCCUUUCAUCAGUUCCUUGAGCAAUCCAAGUAUAAAGUGAUCAACAAGGACCAGUGGUGCAAUGUGCUUGAAUUUAGCAGAACAAUUAAUCUUGAUCUUAGCAACUAUGAUGAAGAUGGGGCUUGGCCAGUCUUAUUGGAUGAAUUUGUGGAAUGGUUUAAAGACAGACAGAUGUCCUAGCACUUUACAUUCGGGAACAACAUCCAUAUUCAAAAUUAGCCAUAAAAGACCUAAGAAAACAGAUUUGAAAUGUGUUUUUGUUUUUGUUUUAUCCUCUCCCAAAAAAAACUGACUUGCUGUAAGCAUUAAAUAUCUACAAGCACUAAAUCCAGUAUCAAAAUUUAUUCUGAGCCUGUUUUGCGUUUUGUAAUGGAACUAUAAUAAUGGAACAGCAGACCACACUGUGAUAGCUUGCUGUUGACUUUGUGAAUUGUGUUGUAAGUUGUAUUAUGCUGAGAAUUUUUUUCCAGAAAAAUAAUGAAUUCCAAUGAAAAUUGUAUUAAAUGAUUGUCUUAAAUGAAAAUUUGUUGAAAAGACUUCUUAACGAAACCAGUAUGUGUAUGCAUUUAGAACUGUUCUGUAUAGCUUAACGGAUGAAGCUCAAGACUAGAUUUAUUUUUUAGAGUAUAAAUUGUUGAACCAUGGAAUAGCUAAAUUUUGAUUCAAUGCACCAAGCCGUGAUCUGUUGAUUAAUGCAUCAUAAUCGGCUCUAAGCCAGAAUUCUUGCCUUGCGUUUCCUGUCUGAUAGGCCGGGCUGCUUUUCUUUCGUGUUCUAUUUUGUAUAACUAGCUGCAAAAAUUUAAUUGAACACAGAAGCUUGACGGUGUUACCAAAUUUGCACGUUUUUUAAAAAGGUUAUUAGGAUGUGUUGAUGUCAGAUAUACAGUCCAACUUGUAUUCUGAUGUGCUCACUUCAGAAUCAUGUGAAUUGAUCUUUUGUUUUCACCCAUUUAGUGUUGUUCACUGAAGAGAAAAGUACUGACUUGGUCUUUACCUAAUGUUAAUGUAGCGUUGCGGUUCGGCAGCACUGAUGUAAUUUGGCUUUUAUUUGGACAUUGGAUUAAGAUUAAUGUUAAUUGUAACAUGAUAGUGCCAUUAAAGCUACUUUUUGACCAUGGCAGCAAA